UACGUUACCGCCAUGGACCAUGGUUACCGCUCUCCCAGUGGGUAGCAUUCUUUGCUUAUAAAAGUGGGAAUAUGAACAAUUUACUGGUUAUUCUUGCCCCAAGAUGACUUAUUUUUGCUCUUCACACGUUUUUUGGUAAUAAUGCAGCAAAUGAGGAGACUUUCCACGGCAAAGAUGUCAACAUGCAGCAUUUGAAAAGGUCAAACGCGUUUCAUCUGAUAUCUUGGACUGCCUGCAGUCAUCACAGAGAUUCUUCUUCCCUGAGGACGACAAACUGCAUCUUUGCAGAGGAACGAUCUGGAAUAAAUAAUACAUAAAGCAAAAGAGCAUUUAUGGAAAAAUCCACCACUUUCGGACUAUGUGAAUGAACAAGCUUUAAUUCAGUGGUGUCUGCCUGCUUCUAGACCUCUGCAGUGUUUUUAGCACUUUAGUAUGUAGGGGUGAUUACUGACAAAGCUUUUCACCAUCAAGUACCUGUGCAGGGUAUCUGUAAAGAGAAACGGCCAGAGGAAAAUAGGAGAACAGACUGUGAAGCUUGGUGGUUCGCAGGAUCAGGCUCCCGAAGAUGCUUCAGACUGGUAACUACUCGCUGGUGCUGCUGAUCCAGCUAACACUGUUGGCCUACGACCUCUUUGUCAACUCCUUCAGUGAACUUCUGAGGGGAGCGCCUGUCAUCCAGCUAGUGCUUUUCAUAAUCCAGGACAUUUCCAUCUUAUUCAACGUGAUCAUCAUCCUGCUGAUGAUGUUCAACACCUACGUGUUCCAGGUUGGCCUAGUGUCUCUGUUGCUGGAGAGAUUCAGGACUCUGCUGAUAUUCUCUGCUCUUUACCUGACACUCAGCAUCUGCUUCCACUGCUGGGUGCUGAACCUUAGGUGGCUUGAUUCAAACCGCUUUGUUUGGACAGAUGGUCUUCAAGCUCUUUUUGUUUUCCAGAGAACAGCGGCAGUGUUAUAUUACUACUUAUAUAAGCGCACAGCCGAGUAUAUGGGAGACCCGAGGCUGUAUGAGGACUCUCUGUGGCUGCGUGAUGCCUUUGCCAGAGCUCGUCAGUGAAGAAAGGACAAUUCUGAAAGAGAAUUAAAAAGAUCUGCCAAGAAAGCCCCCCCCCCGGUUCCCUGACAACAUUGCAACAUUGAUCAUCAUGAGCUAUUCUGAACUUUGAACUAUUUUCUAAGAUUUUUUUCAUAAUUGACACUUGGAAAGCCUGACACUAUUACACACACAAAACAAAGCAAUGGGCUGAUGUUGAACACUGACGGAACUCACUAUCAGAUAAAGAGGAUGAAGCAAAGUCUCAACCACAGUUUGUGUUUACUGGCUCUUCAUAGCCAAGCGAACAGCCAGUUAAAUGGUUUACACUACAGUGGCAGGUAAACCAACCAUGGCUUGUGUUAUUGUUUUAAUCUGGAUUGAGUCUGUUAAUCUAUGUGGCCUUUGUAAUUCAAUUUGAGUUGUAGACAGAACGCAACACAUUGAAAGAAUGUCAGAUGUUUAGAGGAGCUCUGUUCAGGUAUUGCCUUCCAUGGCAUUAGUUUGCUUUUAUCUAUUUUUAUGUAUAAUAAUUGGUAGAACUACAUGUAGUAAAAUUGCUUUGUUGGAAAGGUUAUUCCCUAUUUUGCCUUAUAUAAGAUUAGUAUGUGCUGUUUACAUGAUUCAUAUUUUAAUAAGCCAAUUUUCAUUUCCUCCUGUCUUUGAGUGAGGAUCUUUGAAUCGUGUUUACUGCUGUUUUUAUUAAAUAAUCCUUCUGUAA